UCAUUCAAAUUAUGAAACUCUCAACUCCAACUACAUCUUGUUCAAAUGUAUCUCCCUCAACUUCAUCCAACACACCAAUGUGUAGCUCCAAAAGGACCUCUACAGGUUGUCUCACAGCCAUCAUGCACAAGAUUCUCUGUUCUGGAAAUCUUCCGAAAGAUUCGUCGAAUCAAAUUACAGAAUUUGAUUCAACAAACUCCGUUCUGAGUGCUGCUGAGGAGAAUUAUAUGGCUGCUGCUGCUGCUGUUACUCCUCCUCCUCCAUUAGUGGCAAGGUUGAUGGGUUUGGAAUCAAUGAUACCUUACGCGUUGAAACCGGGUUCACUUUCGCGUAGCAAAUCGUUGAACUCUAUGGACUAUUUGGGAGAAAGUGAUGGAAAAGUUCUGAGUCUAAAUCACAAGAGGGUUAACUCAACACUGUCAUUUAGGGAACCUCCGACUUUUCGAUUAAGUGAAAAUGAUAACUUUUUUGUGCUUAGCUUUGAAAAUGAAGGUGAGAAUGCUAAAGCAUUGAAAUCCAAUGGGAGAAAAAAGCAAACGGGUUGUUCGGAAUCGAAGCAGAAAGUGGCAGCAACAGAGAGAAAUGAACUGAAGGAGAAGAAGAACAAGAAGGAAAAUGUUUAUGAUGAGAGGAAUUUGAUUGAGAAAGAGAAAACGAGCAAAAGGGUGUCGAAUAAACUUCAAGAAAUCACUAACACUUCGCGUCAGUUCAAGGCUUUGUCCGAAAAGAAGAGUUUUGAUUCAGAAGCAGUUGAAUUGUUGAAGCCGAGGAACUAUAACGAAGCCGUGGUUGGCGAGAAGUUGCAGAAGAGGAAGAGGAUUAGGAAGAAGAGAACAAAUUGUUGUGCAGAAAAGAAGAUAGAAACUGAAUGCAUUAAAUCAGAAGAUACGAGUCCUGUUUCUGUUCUUGAAUUCGACCGCAAAUCUUGCGCAGCAGGCGUAGAUUCUGUUGCGGUUGGUUUGAAUUCGAGAAGAAAGUUAACACCAGAGCUUGAAAAGGGGAAGCCUGUUAUUAUGCGUUCCGAUGAUAAUUUGAUGAUUGAUGAGAAGAAAGAUAAGGAAAUUGAGAAGAACAAAUGUGAAGAAUCAGAGAAGAAAGUGAAGAAGAUGAAGGAGUAUGUAGAUAUUUGGGGUGAAGCAUGCAAGCUAGUUGAAGAUGAAUUGGGUGGUUCGAAGAAUCAAGUUGAUGCAUGGAUGAAAGAACAAUGUGCUGAUUUUGAGUCAGAAAUUUUUGAUCAAAUGUUGAAUGAAGUGGUAAGUGAACUUGUUGGGUAACACCACUUAGAAGUUAGUAACUUCAAAAUUUUGUAAAAAAAUUAGAAGAUAUGUAUAAAGAUUGGAGAACAUUUCAAUUUACAUUUCCAGUUUUUACUAGUUUGUAUGCUAUGGCACACUGUUUUAUACUUGCGCACAUA